AAGAUGCGAAGGUCCAUUACGACGAGUUUGGCUUUCAAUUAAUUGCAAUUUCAUCUCUUUUGCACUUAAAAAUUCUCUGAUAUUCAGCGCAUUCUCUCAUCGAAACGGUCGACACAUAAAUAGCGUCGGCGGGACUUGUCUGCUCUAGUCCGGAUUCGAAAUAUCCCGAUAUCUUGAUACAGUCUAGCACGAGCCCCUUCCAGACGCCAAUGUUACUGCCAAGCCGGCACUGAUCGGUCUCUUGGACCUCCACAUUGAUACGUGCGGCCGCUAUCUCAACGUGAGGCAUGACCCCCCAGUACCUCGCCGCUUUCCACGAUGCCAUGGCCAGGUCGAGACUGAACCUCACUCUCGAAUGCUUCGAGUUGGCAACUUUUGCCUUCCUCUUCUCCAGUAGUCUUUCAAAACAGCGUCCUGUAACAUUUGACUUGCCUAACAGAGCAAAUCGCCCUCUGAUGAGGAAAUGCAACGCUUCCAAUUUCACUCCGAUGAAUUUAGUGCCAUCAAUGACCGAGGACUUAAGCAUUUUGGUACUCUAUGUAUCAGAGAGGAUCUAUCAGAGACGGUGUACAAUGGCAAGAGACAUUGGAACUGACAGAUUGUUCUGCAUCAAACCUAUCAGUGUGACAUCGCUUGGCAAUUAUGCUUAAAUCGAUUUGAUAUCCCAUUCUGGAGUAGUAUUUUUGAUCUUUCCAAUCCAUGCAUCUAUGCUAGAGCAUGGCUCAAAGGAUUCUGACAAAGGUCCCUGAUCUAUAUCAUGGUACUCCAGAGAGUUCCAUCACAAGUACGGAUAGGAUACAGAAGUCCUUCACAGCUCCAACCAAGGUGCAUAAGAUCUUUCCAUGAUGGCGGGUCGAGAUCUGAUGGACAGGGAAUCAGACAUCUCCAACAGUUCCUUGCAACGUAUCAUUCGAGCAUGACCACCAAUGCCAAUUAAACACCUUAUGCUGCUCGUGCAUGGGGGAAGUUUACAUGCAGUCCUUCCACCGGGGAUCUCAUGUCGUUGGAAGAAUAUAGCCCUCUAGCCUAUUUUUCCCAUGCCCAACAAGGAAGGUCGGUGAUGUCUUAUCACUCCAAUGGUUGUUGGUUAUUCCCGCGGCUAUAACGGCUUCUUAUGUGGCAAAGACAAACGAUAUUCUUGUAUCGUGGUGCUAUUGCGAUUGAUAUAAUAAUCAUCACGCCAUGGAUGUCAUUUCUCCGUUGGCCUGUCUUACUUUCGCCUGCCUUGCCACCAAGAGAAAAGUUUGGUUGAUCAAUUGACUUGGUCUGUAGACAAUUACAGCAGUCUUGAAAUAGCAUAGUAAAAUGCUGGAGGCAAGUCGCAGUAUAGACCACUGACCAGAGCAAGAUCAUAUGGAUGAAGGCAUUCGUUUCAUGAUAUUACCACGAUAAAUCAGGACAAUAAUUGAAACAUGAAAUAAAUAUUGUUGGAA